UUUCCCCGCGCCUUAAUUUAAGAACGACAGCUUGCCCCCAUGCAGGGUCUUUGCUUACCAUAGCUAUAAAGUCAAGGUGUAUUCCACCGGAUGCAAGAGCAUCUAUCGUAAAAUUUUAACACUGCCAUUGUCUGUAGUAGCUGUCAGAAUGCACUUCCUAGUAUCGCUUGUUGCCGCCCUGGCGCCCACCGUUGGUCUUGCGGCCCCAUUUCCAUUUGGACUCUUCGCGAGAGACAAUCUAUGCAGCUUGAAAUCGCCGCCAGAGCUCUGUCAACCAGACCCCUCCGUGACCACGGAAGAGACAGCGCAGAGAGCCUAUGACUUUUACCGCGCAUUUGUGGUGGAUGGGGAUCCGCGGAAGAUGUUUUCCCUCAUAGAUUCGUCUUACAUAGUCAGUUUUGCCAUUCCGAUUCGACCUUAUCCUCCACUACCUAGCUAGGCCAGCUAGGCAGGUCGCUAGCCAAAGAGCAAUGCACUAAAUUCAGACACAAAAUCAUUAGCAACACCAUCCGGGGUACGCGUCUGGA